AAAACUAAUCAUAUUUGAAGUUUGCAACGUUAUUUUACCUUAUUUAAGGGGGAGAGGACCAAAAAAAAGGCAACAGGACAAGAACAUGUCCACCCGCAUCGGCACAUACGUACACUUCGGUUCGGUGUCGAACUUCUGAGAGAGAGAGAGAGAGAGAGAGAGAGAAUGGGGAAUUCCGAAGGAGAAGAGGGGCAGUCACAGACGCAGACCGAGGCUGAGGGUGGCAACGGAGGAGAGGACGGGAGUCAACAUCAAGCGGUGGUGGUGGACAGGCCGGUGAGAGUAUAUGCCGACGGUAUAUACGAUCUCUUCCACUUCGGUCACGCCCGUUCCCUCGAGCAGGCCAAGAAACUGUUUCCUAAUACAUACCUGCUUGUUGGGUGCUGCAACGAUGAGAUCACCCACAAGUACAAGGGCAAGACUGUUAUGAAUGAGCAGGAGCGCUAUGAGUCUCUGCGCCACUGCAGGUGGGUCGAUGAAGUCGUUCCCGAUGCUCCUUGGGUGAUCACGCAGGAGUUCCUUGACAAGCAUGAGAUUGAUUACGUUGCACACGACUCUCUCCCUUAUGCUGAUGCAAGUGGUGCUGGGAAGGAUGUAUAUGAAUAUGUAAAAUCCAUUGGAAAGUUCAAGGAGACUAAACGUACUGAGGGGAUCUCCACAUCGGAUAUUAUUAUGAGGAUCAUUAAAGACUACAAUCAGUAUGUGAUGCGGAACCUGCAACGCGGUUACACAAGGAAAGAUCUCGGCGUCAGCUAUGUCAAGGAGAAGCGACUCAGAGUAAACAUGGGCUUAAAGAAGCUGCGGGAAAAAGUUAAGAAACAGCAAGAGAGAGUGGGAGAGAAGAUCCAAACUGUGGCCAAAACUGCUGGUAUGCGCCAGAACAUAUGGGUUGAGAAUGCUGAUCGAUGGGUUGCUGGUUUCCUUGAGAUGUUCGAAGAGGGCUGCCACAAAAUGGGAACGGCAAUCAGAGACCGAAUUCAGGAGCAACUGAAGGGGCAGCAGGUGAGAGGACUCAUCUACGAUUGGGAUGGUGACACUGACGACUAUGACGACGACGACGACGACGGGUAUUAUUAUGACCGGAGUGAAGAGGGAGAGAACAUCGACGGGGAGGAUGAAGACCUUGACGAAAACGGUGAAUAACCUCGGAAUUCUCCCUUAGCUUGUGCGACUGUGACUAUUUUAUCAUGGAUUAGUAAAAGCUGUAAAUACCCGAUGAAGGGACGGAACGAGCCGUGUUUACUCUAUACGCCUGUAGCCACUGAUUCUUCUGUUCUAAGCUCCCAUUCAUGAUCUUCCUCGAGUACUGAUCAUUGACCGAUGUCUAUUCCUUGAUUGAUCUUUUAAUUUCCCCGAAAACUUUAGCUGUUCCCGAAAA